AUGGAAUCGAUAUAUGAUGAAAUCGAGAUUGAAGAUUUUACAUUUGACCCAAUAACCCAGUUAUUCCAGUACCCGUGUCCAUGUGGAGACAAGUUUGCUAUUGGAAUCGAUGAUUUGGCAGAUGGAGAAGAAAUUGCGGUUUGUCCAAGCUGUUCGUUAAUGGUUAAGGUUAUUUUUGAACCAGAAGAUUUAGAAGAAUAUUACGAACAGUUAGAAUAG